AAAUGUUCUUCCACGGCUCGGUAGCUCUCCACAAUUUCAUCGUGGCACCCAAGCGGCAAGUCACUAGAUGUCACCUGAAUCUCCGGAGUCGAAAUCGUUUGGCAAGACUCGAUUGGAUAAAGCUGUUAUCGUGCGUAUAUGCACUACUCUAUACGUACUUAGCUCAACUGCCACGGCGAAAUCAUCUUGGGCGGCGAAUACAUACACAUCAUCUCCUAUCUCCGCGUGCAUAUCUUUUGACCUUCAACGCUUUCCCUCGGUAUCAACUCGGCAUCGUCAUUGUCGUGACUGUAACGCGCCAGCUGGAGGUAUGGUAUGCUUGCUGCCUACCUUCUAUCAGGGUCCGCAACGGCGUUGUCUGCUCAAAAGCCGCUCGACGAGUCUCAUCAGGUGGAUGCUGUUGGAACUCAGGAUAAUGGGAGAAUGAUCUCUCGGGCAUGUGGACGUCAUCUGCACGAAGGUGCUGACACCCAUCAUAUUUAGGUAUGGCUAGCCCGUUUCCAUUGGAUAAUUGCUACAAAAGUGUAUUUUCGAAUGGAAGACAUAUUUGCCCAGUUCUAGGCUGUACCGCUGCGGUCUAUUCUUGACAAGGCGCAUAGAUCCCUACCGUGAGGUGCCAUAACCAAAGAACGUUUGUGGAAUCUCCGUGAAGGGAUCUUUGGCAGCUGGCGAUGAACUUCCUGGACUGCGAGUGAGGUCUCCCACAUUUAAAACGGGAGCUCUGCCAGUGCACCUGGCUGCUUGCUUUUCCGUAUAUUACAGCAAUUUGAACCUGCGGUGCCCCAUUGCUGGCCAUCUGCCCACGAUAUGCCUGUCGGUCGCUCCCGAUCUACCUUCUCCCAGACGAUCAGGCCAUGGAUCGAACUCUCGCGUCUUCCCAAGUUCGCUGGAACGAUGGUCUUGUUCUGGCCGUUCGCAUGGUCGCUCACAAUGCUCGCUCGGUCCGAGCACAUGCCGCUGUAUACGUUCGUCGCUUAUCUGGUAACCGGGUUCAUCGGGGCAAGCCUUCUCCAUAGCGCAGGCUGCAUCUGGAAUGAUAUACUCGAUCGCGAUUUCGACCGGCAAGUCGAACGCACCAAGCACCGGCCUAUCGCAGAUGGAAGGAUAUCCGUCCAGGGUGCCCUCGUAUUCCUUGCUAUACAUCUUUCAAUCCUCACAAUGAUGGUCUGGGAUCUGAACCCGCUCGCCUGGAAGCUCGGAAUAAUCUCUAUCUUCGUGCUGCCGGGGAUAUAUCCCUUGAUGAAGCGGGUGACGUACUGGCCUCAAGCAUGGCUAGGCCUGGCCAUGAACUGCGGCGUGCCGAUGGCUGCUGCUAGCGUCACCGGUGAGAUAACCAAACAGGCGCUUAUCCUCAGUGUCGGCUGCUGGGCGUGGACGAUGUGGUACGAUACAAUCUACGCGUGCCAGGACAUGCGCGACGACGUGAAAGCGGGGGUGAAGUCGACCGCCCUGCUAUUCGCCCAGUACACCAAACCCAUCCUGUCCAUCUUCGGGGUGAUGCUCCUCGGUUCCCUCGCCCUGUGCGGCGUGCUCAUUGAGGCGGGAAUCCCGUACUGGACGGUCUCCGUCGCAUGCGCAGCGUGGCUACUCACGCGCGAGCUAAUCCAGGUGGACAUCAUGAACCCAGCCAGCUGCUGGCAAACGUUCCAUCGCAAUGGGUUCACGUUUGGAGGCGUCGUAUUCGCUGGUUUGAUGGCGGAUUAUGUUGCGUCUGAGCGAGGCUCGCUCCUUAGCGCGUACUGAGAUCACGCCGCCGGUCUGGUAAUUCACUCGUCCACAAAAGCGGUCUCUACCAUAGCGAAUGUGUUCAUUGUACCAAUCGUUAAAUUGCAUCCCG